AUGAACGGCAUGGGCACUCCACGGUGCUUCUACCUGCACGGCGUCAACAACCACUCGACGUCUACCGCCGUCGUUUUUCACGCUGACACAGGUCGCCUCGCCCUCACCUACAACGUCAUGUGGAUCAACCGCAGGGCCGGGGCGCCGGCGCCGGUACCGGGCAUCGGGAGGGGUUCUUCGGUCGCCGCGGCGCCCUCGCCGGCCACCGCCGUACCUGCGGCCGAGGCCGCACCGCCGCCGCCAUCAAGGAGGUACACCUACGUCCCGCCUGCACCAGCGACCACCGCACCGCCGCCGCCCGCUUCCCCGCCGAUCUUCACAGGAUCCUUAGCCCCGUCGCCAAUUUCCGUCGCCCCAUCAUCAGCCCCACCGUCGACCGCAACAACGCCGCCCCAUUCGCCCCCGAGCCUGCCGCCUCCGCCGCCGCAGCCCACCAGUGCCGCCACCCCCGCUCCUCCGCACCCGCCGCUUUCGAAACGAGCCGUGAAGGAGUUGGGACGAAAGCACACGAGGGUACACGGUCGCACGCGCGGAAAUGGAGUGCGGUUCGUUGAUGAGCAACAACAACCGCUGUCGCCAACCGGUGGCGGCGCCGCUCUCCACCACCGUCUUGGUCUGUUAGCGAUGAUGGACAAGGACUUCCUCAUCCCGUCGCUCGGCACCCGGGAGGCCGUGGAUAGGACGCCGCGACAUACCGACCCCGCCGCAGCCGGAUCCAAGUCUUGGAGACCGUGGAAGCAGGGGGGCCGUGGGAGCUGGGGGCCCCGUGGAUUCCGGGGGGGGGGUGGAAGACCGCAGACGUUCCAACCAGUAGAGAACGCGAUCAAUGCCAAGUGGUUCUUUAACUGCAAAGGCAAACGAGUACGGAUGGCCGACGAAAUUCAAGGCAAGACUUUUACCGGGGGGGGACAUGCAGAGGCUUCGAUUGAUUUUGGAGAAUUAUUUGCACCCACCGUGUCCAGUGUGCGCUUGUUGGCAGCAUUAGCAUGCGAGCAGAAUCUUGACUUGUGCCAUAUCGAUAUUCAGCAGGCUUUUGUGCAGUCUGAGCUUGACGAGGAUGUUUUCAUGCGCUUACCGCAGGGGUGUGGUAGGUUAUCUGGCCUGAUAGUGAAGCUGUGGAAGAGUCUGUAUGGUUUGAAGCAGGCAUCACGACUUUGCCAUGCGCACCUGACGAGGUGUUUAUCACUAUUCGUUUUUUUGCAGUGUCUGGCGGGUGCAUGUGUUUUUCGAUUGAUGGAGGAGGGACAUGUGAUCAUGAUCCACGUGGAUGACGUUGUUGCUGCAGGGCAGAAGGAGCGGUGUGACAAGUGUGGCAGGGAUAUCAACGAGAUGGUCCCCGUGAAGAACCUUGGAGAGUUGAGGUGGACGAGUUGGAUGGGGAUUACAUUUGAGAGGGGCGUCGUGACAGGGUGUGUGACUUGGUUUUCGAGGACGCAGAAGUGCGUUACGCUUUCCACCACGGAAGUAGAGUAUGUGGCAAUUGCUGACGUCUUGAAUAAAGUGUUGUUCUUGAGGCAGGUGUGGCGUUUUAUGUUGCCAGAUGCGAGUAUGCCGUGCAUCCCGGCGUUCGAGGAUAAUCAGGGAGCACUUCAGAUUGCGCACAACCCGAUCACGAACUCCAACUCGAACCACAUCGGUUUACGGCAUCACUUUAUCAGGGAGCUGGUAGACAGGAAAGAGAUUUCAAUUACUCAUGUGCCGACGAAGGCUAUUAGCAAGGAGUCUUUUGCGUUGCACCGUGAAUUUGUGAUCAACUUGCAGUGA